AUGACCGAACAACAACCGCAAAUACGAAUAGUAAAAAGGCAGCCACGUAAAAUUUUGGGCGUCAACUCGUUGGAAUCGAACGCAUUACCAAGCGACUUUUCCGGAGCAAAUAUCAUAUUAGCUGCAACAAACGGCGCUGGCCCAACACACGUGCCUCUAACGCCACCGGAGCACAUCGUUGAAUCGCUACAUCAGCAACGACAGCAGCUGCAGCAGCAGCAACAUUUGCUUAACGGAAGCACUACAGCAGCAGGCGCAGGAGUUACACAGCUUACAAAAACAACUCGUCCAACGUCAAUAGGGCUAAGUGCGCAGCAACAACAACAAAUGGAACGCUUGCGCUUAGCCAACAUGAUGAAUCAAGAAAUGCAUGCAUUAUGGCCAUAUGGCACAGCUACAUUCCUAUCACCAAUGCUGCCAGCCCCAAAUAUGGCUUUGCCCUACGCAUUGGCCGCUACUUUACCUUAUGCUGCUGUUCCGAUAUAUCCAGCAGCUGCAGCCGGCAUGCAACAGAAUGUGCAGAAUUUACCACAACAACAGUGCAACAAUAUAUCGCCGGUAUCGCAAACUGCAAAUGUGCCAAAUGGUUCUGUUACUUCCCCUGCUACUAGCAGCGGCAAUUCGUCGAAUGGCGCGCCACCGCUGCGUUCACAAACGAAUGACUCGAAUAAAAUUAAUAUUCAGAUUGGAUUGCAGUGUGCUAGCCAGAAUUCGCCACUGAAUUUCAAUUCGAUGAACGAGAUUAACGCUUCUUUGGCUAAGGUGAAUCUAUUGAAUUUUUGUGGCGCUGGUACGGACAAGGAGAGCAAAGAAACUUCAUCACUGCGCAGUUCGCCGAUUUUAUUAAGUUCAGAUGAUCUCAACAGCCCCUCUAGCGUGUGUCCGAAUAAUGCUCUUGGUGGUGGCGCCGGUGGCGAUGCCACGAACUCUACUAACUCGCCUGGUAGUUCGGGUAGCUGCACCGUUACGCUUUCUCAAGCCAAAUUCAAUGAGCUCACUCGUCUUGCACUACGCGGCAGCGAAAUAGCAGAGAAACUUGCCUACACACAUCGCAAUCGACCGUGUUUCAAAAAGAUCGAUAGUUUGUGUGCGCGCAUGAAACAGGAUCUCAUACGUCCAGAUGGCGUCUUACCCAAUAUCAAUUCGCAGGGCAUUGCUUGGGCUGUAAAGGAUUUUAUUUUCGUCUUCACACGUGUCAUCAAUGCAUGGAUUAUAAUAAAGGGUUAUGUGUAUAACACGCCAGAGGGCCUGAAUAAAGUAAAAGCUGCGCUCAGUCCCGACUUCGCUGCUAGUUUCGCCGCUUGGCAGGAUACCACAAUGGAUUUCGUUGAGAAUCUAAUCAAAUCAUUUGUAAAUUUGGACAAUUUGGUACAAUCACAGAGGAAUGUAUAUCAGAAAACGGAAAGCAGUGGCACGCGCAUGGCACCCAGCACCACAAACAUCAAGCUGCUACAACCAGUCAACUCACUAUUGGACGACUCUUUUGAUUUUCUCAAUACAUCCACUGAAAAAUCACAACAGAGCGCGCUUAAUAAGAACUAUCUGUAUACAAUGGUUGAAGACUCUGAAGGUAGUCAGCGUCAAGCUACUGUAAAUGGCACCUACUUUAAAACGGGCACAUAUAAUCCCAUCAAAAAGGAUGAGUUGCUUGCGGAUCAAACGAAUAGUACCACCGCAGCAGCCGUUACAACAACAGCCGCAACAAGUACGGCAACACAACAAUUGCUGGCAGCCAACAAUAAUCCGCUUGAGCAGUUUUUCGAUGAACAAAUAUCAGAUUUUUGGCCAGCAGUACCUGCCGCUGAUGUGGAUACAGCAACUGCAGUUGAGUACUUGAAGAUAAAAGAGAAAAUGCCGCCGAAUUGGUUAAGCUAUGACAUACGCGUAUUGGAGCAGAAUCUUACAGAAUUUUCAAAUGAUUACGAUCCCACAGCACCGCCACGUCCGCUGGGUAAAGAUCUGAUUGAUAAAUUAAAUAUUAUGAUUGAACGUCUUAUGGCUAUGAAGCAUGCAGAUUUAUUCUUUAAGUCGCAAUUUACCAAAAACUAUUUUCCUGAAUUUAUGUCUAAGCAUAAAAACGAUUUCAUGGAUGUACGCUCUAUCAUACUCAAGUGCCAAGUGGGCGGCUACCAGCAUAUUUUCGAGGUUGUGCAUGAUGUCAAGAAAAUUGUACACACUGUCAAGGAGUAUUUAAAAUUCAAUGGAGACAGCAAAUUGCAAAAAUCCAUAAGUUCCUUCGAAUGCGAAUUUAAUAAAUUACUCAGUGAACCACCUUUUGAAAAUUAUCAGUUUCACCAUAUCACAGGCGAACCCAAAGAGAUACUCUACAAUUGUCGCAGCAAAUAAAAUUUCAAUUUUUUCACAUUUUACA